CUGAUAUUUCCUGUAGAAUUUAUUCUAGUCUACACAUAUAUUCACCUAUUAAUAACAGGUUCUCCAUAGAGCAACCAUAUCUUGUGUUUCUGACAAUCAUGGAUGGUUUCUUGCCAUUACUAUUAGCCUUCAUAGCUUACAUGGCUGCCUUAGCCUUCUUCUUCCUCAAAAAGAAUCCCAAACACAACCUCCCGCCGGGUCCGAAACCAUGGCCACUCAUCGGAAACUUGAACCUCCUCGGUUCAUUACCACAUAAGUCCCUUGAUUUCUUGUCUAAAAAAUACGGUGAAAUAAUGCUCCUCAGAUUCGGACAGCUCCCGGUAGUGGUUGCAUCCACCCCGGAGAUGGCCGAGCAGUUCCUAAGGAUUCACGACACAGUUUUUGCUUCGCGGCCGGCUGUUAUUGCCGGUAGAUAUAUUAGUUACAAUUAUUCGGACAUGGUUUGGGCGCCUUAUGGGCCUCAUUGGCGACAGGCGCGCAAGAUUUAUUUAUCAGAGGUUUUCAGUGCCAAGAAGAUGGAAUCUGAAUUAUUUCGGCGAAUACUUGCUGAGGAGAGGCGCGAUUUUUUUUCCCGGAUGCAUUCCCUCUCGGGGAAACCGGUCUUGCUUAGAGAUCAUUUGUUUAGGUAUGCUUUGUCGACCAUAAAUAGGAUGUUGUUGAGCGAGAGGUAUUUUAGUGAGUCGGGAUUGGGGGAGGAGGCCGGUAGUGUUGUUCGAUUGGAGGAGUAUCAGGAGAUGAUGGAUGAGUGGUUCUUCCUCAACGGGGCGUUUAAUAUCGGGGAUUGGAUACCUUUUUUAAGCUUUCUUGAUCUUCAGGGAUAUGUUAAGAGAAUGAAGUUGUUGCAUAAAAAACUUGAUAGGGUAUACAACUUUGUGGUCGAUGAUCAUCUCAAACGGAAGGUUUCUGGUGACGGGAAUGACUUUGUGGAUACGUUGCUGCAGAUGGUUGAGAAUUCUGACUCUGAUUCUGAUGGAAAAAGACUUUCAAAGAACACGAUCAAGGCAUUGAUACAGAACAUAAUUGCCGGGGGCGCGGAUACAACACCAACCACGGUCGAAUGGAUUAUCCUCGAACUCAUGAGGCAUCCCAACAUAUACAAGAAGGCUAAGGACGAGCUCGACAGAGUAAUCGGGGGAAACCGAUGGGUAGAAGAACACGACUUUUCUGAAUUACAUUAUUUAGAUGCCAUCAUCAAAGAGACCAUGAGGUUGCACCCUAUUUCUACAAUUUUAGCUCCUCAUUACGCCAUGGAAGAUUGUCGAGUUGCAGGCUACGACAUACCUAAGGGGACAACUGUUUUUAUCAACACAUGGAGCAUAGGAAGAAAUCCCAAAUAUUGGGAGACACCCGAGGAGUUUAUACCCGAGAGGUUUAUAGGAAAACAAAUCGAUAUUUCUGGCUCUAACUUUGCGUUGCUGCCAUUUGGGUCCGGCCGGAGAAGGUGCCCCGGCUAUAAAUUGGCGUUGAAGACUGUCCGGGCAAUCGUAGCGAACUUGCUGCAAGGAUUUGACCUGAAAUUGAAGGAUGGAAUGAAGCCUGAAGAUAUAUCCAUGGAGGAAAAGUUCAGUUUGAGCACUCAUCCGAAAGAGGCCCUCGCCAUUGUCAUGGAACCUGUUCUUCCUCUACACCUUUAUUGAUAUAUCCAUAUUUUUGGAAUAUAAAUAUAUCCUAAUGCAAGUUAUGAAACUUAGAUGAUUUUUUUAUAACGUGAUAAUUCAUAGUCGUUUUUUUUAGAAUGUGUUAUGUCAUAUAAGACCUAGAGGCGUCAGAGUUUAAAUCUUAACUUCACGAUGACAAAUCCAUCCGACGACGCUAGGCCAUCCUUGGAAUGCAUUUUUAGUGGACUUGAAAUGUUAUUUUGGCCUUGUUGGUUUGGUAAAAUCUACUUUGUAUGAAAAAAUAUGUAUUUGUUCACCCAACAAA